AUGCGAGGUACAAUACCUAUAUCCAGGUCGUUUGACCCGGACCAUGAAAGCCCUUUUUUAUCCUAUAAGUUCAAGAGGCGAUGCCCUAUACGAUACUUUUAUAUUCCUAUUGAGUGCCCUUUUAUGCUGGGAUGCAAAGAUGGCUACUGCCCUUUAUCUCACACAGUUCUAGAGGUCAUCUUCCACCCCAUCUUACACAAGACAAAAAAGUGUUCAUUGGCCAUUAAAGGCCAGUGCAAAUUUGAAAAGAAGUGCGCCUUCUAUCAUAGCGAGAAGGAUAGACUAGCUUCGUACCUAUCUUGGCUCGUUUGGCAGAAGAACUGGGAGAUGUAUGAUAAGAACGUCAAAGUCGUGUUGUCCAAGUACGCUCUUUCCAGUAAAAUUAUAUCCAAGAUAGUUCUGAUGAUAAACAUAAGAUCCAAUUUGAAGUCGCUUCCUAUAGAUUUCCCGAAAGGUACUGAUUGUGUAAGGUUGUUGGAGGACGAAUUAAACAAUUUGAUAUCAUCUUGCGAAUCUAGCCUCGAAAUAAUGAACAUCUGA